AUGUUCAAGCGAGCAAAAGUUUUACCUUAUUUCGAUACAGUUGUGACUUGUAUUGAUCGUCUAAUUGAUGAACAACUUAUUAAACAUGAUGGAGAAAUACGUACAGAUCUCGUUACACAAUGUCAAAAUCUUCUUUUAAAUAUUAUUGCUUUUAUAGCUUUUGAUUAUGAUCUUGAAUCAUCAUCACAAACUGAUUCUUAUAAUUUACGAAACGCAUUUAAUGAUUUUGUUCAUUACGCUAAUCAAUUCGUAUUAUUAGCUGGAAUUCCACUGUGGUUAGGAAAAAUAAUCUUAACUCUAAAUUGGAAAUAUCAACAAGCGUUACGCAUUAUGAAACGAUAUGUUAUGAAUAUCAUUUCUGAAGAAAAACAACGCCAACAGGAUGAAUAUUUUUCAUCGAAUCGACCAAAGAAUUUAAUUAGUUCUCUUGUGGCCUCUGUAAAAGAUGAGUCUUCAUCGACAAAAGCUUAUUUAACUCACAAAGAAGUCUUUGAUGAAGUUUCAAUGUCAAUAUUAGCUGGUUUUGAAACAACUUCAACUGCACUUUAUUGGUUUAUCUUUUAUAUGUCUAAAUAUCCAGAAGUUCAACAAAAAAUUAAAAAUGAACUUAAAGAACAUAAUUUAAUACAUGAAACUCAAUUAACGCAAGAUAUAUUAGAUUCAUUGAUUUAUGUUGAAUGUGUAACAAAAGAAAUUCUUCGAUAUGCUCCUAUUGCAGGAGCCAUAGCUCGUGAAGCAACACGUGAUGACAUGAUUGAUGAUAUACCUAUAAAAAAAGGAGAUACAGUUAUAAUUGCUACCUAUAAUCUACAUCGAGAUCCACGCUAUUGGAAAAUUGAUCCAACAAAAUUUAUACCUGAACGAUUCUUAAAUGAGGACAAAAAUCCACCUCAAUAUGUUUAUUUACCAUUUGGAGGAGGUCAUCGUGCGUGUAUUGGUCAAGAUUUAGCGUUUUUUGAACUAAAAAUUGCUAUAGUACGUUUGAUGCAACGAGUUUCAUUUGAAGAUCCAGGUGAUGCAGCAAAUAAUUCUGGUGGAUAUGUUCAACGUAUUACAUGUUUUCCAAAACAUUUAGCUGUACGCGUUCGAAUAGAUGCAGAUAGAAAUUCUCAUUAA